AUGGAGACCGACACCGUCAUGAUGGAGUGGCUGCUCGUGAAGAGCUAUACCACGCAGAGAAGAAAGAGACUGAGGAACGCCGCAGACAAGACAAUUUUGAAAGAGAAGAGCGCGAUCGGCGCGACAGAAAAGACGCUCGAGCUCGCCCCGGAGCUUGGGGUCAUAGGGAAGCGGGAGAUUGAGGCGACUAUAAACUUUCUGGAUACUCCCCAUGCCCCACUCCGAGGCCUGGCGCACUGA